GUGAUCGAUCGGCUGAGAAAGACAACACUCCAACCAUAUACAAUUACCAUAAUAAAGCGGUGUGUGUCAUUUCACCUAAUUAAUAUAUCACUCUUCUCUCCAAAUUAAACUAAUUAAUUAACCAACUACACCACCAACUAAUAUUAAAUCUUUCUCUCUUAAUUCAAUCAAGAAGAAUAAAAAGAUUAAUCAAUGUUAGUGUGUUCUCUUUAAUUAUAUUUCUCAUGCAAAUACUCUUCUUAAUCUCUUUGAUCAUCGUCUUUAUAAUUUUCUCCUCUUCAUUUAUAUAUAUUAUAUAUCUCUCACCAAAAUUGUCUUCUCUCUCAUAAUUCUCAUGCAGCCUCCUCUCCGCCGCAAAUUCAGCCCAGUAUUCUUCUCCGCCGCGUCGACUUCAUUCUCAAUGAAGCCCACCACCGCCGCCGUCGGCGGAGGCCGCAAGAGCGGCAAUCUGUCGGUAUUCGUGGUGGCUAUGUCCAUCUUCAUCUUCGGCUGUUUCAUGUACAACGAGGACGUGAAAUCAAUUGCCGAAUACCCGUUCACGCGCCCCACCCAGGAAGUCCAAGAAAACGAGACGGGUUUCAAUUUCGCCGGCGGCGACCAAAGCGCCGCCGUUUCGGUGGUGGUGAAUUCAAGAACCGUCGUGGAGACUGAAAUAGAGGGAUCCUCUUCCGAUGAUGAUGAUCAGAAACAAGAGGUGAAAUCUACCGACCCAGAAAUCGAAACGAACGUUGAGGAAAAUCACGACGGCGGCGGCGGCGGCGAUGAUGAUGAAGAAGAGGAGAUUAUUGAACACCCACCAGAAGACUGCGAUUUUUUCACGGGGGAAUGGGUUUUUGAUAACGUCACCCACCCGUUGUACAGAGAGGAUGAAUGCGAGUUUUUGACGGCGCAGGUGACGUGUAUGAAGAACGGCCGGCGAGAUUCUCUCUACCAGAAUUGGAGGUGGCAGCCCCGAGACUGUUCUUUGCCCAAGUUUAAAGCGAGAUUAAUGCUUGAGAAAAUGAGGAACAAGAGGCUAAUGUUUGUUGGGGAUUCACUGAACCGGAACCAGUGGGAGUCAAUGAUCUGUUUGCUUCAAUCCGCAGUGCCACGUGGCAGCAAGACCUUGAACAAGACUGGCUCUUUAUCUGUCUUCAAAAUUCAGGAUUACAAUGCAACAGUGGAGUUUUACUGGGCUCCGUUCUUGGUGGAAUCGAACUCGGACGAUCCGGAUAUGCACAGCAUAUUGAACAGGAUAAUAAUGCCCGAAUCCAUCGAGAAACACGGCCGAAACUGGAAGAAUGUCGACUACCUCGUCUUCAACACUUACAUUUGGUGGAUGAACACUGCAGCCAUGAAAAUUCUGCGAGGAUCGUUCGACGAAGGCGCGACGGAGUUCGAAGAAAUUCCGAGGCCUGUGGCUUAUGAAAGAGUGUUGACGACUUGGUCUAAUUGGGUUGACCGAAACGUCGAUCGAAAUCGAACCCAAGUUUUCUUCAUGAGCAUGUCUCCCCUCCACAUCAAGAGUUUGGAUUGGAAUAACCCGGAUGGGAUAAAAUGUGCUAAAGAGACAGCCCCGAUACUGAACACGUCAAUGCCGUUGAACGUGGGCACGGAUCGGAGGCUAUUUGCUGUGGCGGCAAAUGUGACCAAGUCCAUGAAAAUGUCUGUGAGUUUCAUGAACAUCACAGCGCUGUCGGAAUACAGAAAAGACGCGCACACGUCUGUCCACACAAUCCGGCAGGGUAAAAUGGUGACGCCGGAGCAGCAGGCGGAUCCGGCGACUUACGCCGAUUGCAUACACUGGUGCCUCCCUGGAUUGCCGGACACGUGGAACGAGUUUCUCUACGCUCGUAUUAUAUCACGGUCCUGACAAAUUAUAAAUGCACGUGUUAAUCUCAGAUUAACAUGUGUUUGGUAAAUAUUUUUCUAGAUGCAUUUCGAAAUCUGGAUUUUUAUUUUUAUUUUUUUGGCGUUUUUGUUGAUAUAUCGUAUAUGAAUCGGCAAUUUAUCUUGGCCGUUGAUUGAAAAUAUCAAACGUUGCAAGGAACGUUUUUUUGUAAAAAAUGAAAUCGGUUCGAAGAAAGUACAAAUGAAAGAGAAAUUGUAACUAACUUCUUUUAUGUAAAUUUUGUGUUACUUUUUCAUUCUU